GUAGCAAAACUGGAGCAGCUAGUACUCGAUGGACGUGGGCAUUUAUUGAAGUACGUAGACAAAAAAAGCGCAUGUCACACUGAAAUAGAGAAAUUCUUUAGGGAAAAGACUGCUGUGAAUGCAGCUAGCAAGGAAUUUCUACGCGGCUUAACGGUUUACCAGUCGAAGAUUGAUGCUAUCCAUAAAGCCGUCGAGGAAGGAGACGUCCGACGAGUGAAGUCUCUCAUCGAUCGUCAACAGCUUGCAUUAGCAAGAGAUACCUAUGGUAACGAUGACGUAAUAAAUAAGUGUUUAAAAGUAGGCAUGACUCCACUGCACAAAGCUUUGCUACAUGGACAAACGAACACUGUUAGACAUCUGCUGGCGAAAUAUCCACAGUGUGUGAAUGCAACGGAUCACGUAAGUUUUACACGAAUUUAG